GAAAUAUUAAUAAUCGUCCAAACAUCCAAACUGCUGUACUUAUAGGAAACUGCCCCCGUGAGCGGGGAGGUCUUUGAUAAAUCGGAGAGUGUGGAAAAGAAGAAAGGAACUUCUUCGUUAUUUUACACAGGAACAAAAAAAUCCUCCGCUGCGGUGAUGUCAUCGCCGUCAGUAAAUAAUCAAGAUCGAACAGAGAGAAAGAAAAACAGAACAGAGAGAGAGCUGAAUAAGGAAUAAGUAAUCAGAGUUUGUGGACAGACACACAGAAAGCGAAAGAAUAAAACUAAAGAGUGGGGAUAGGAGAGACGACCGAAAGAAAGGGAUAGGAGAUCAAGGGAGGGAACAAAGUGGGGGAGAGAAAGAGAUUGUGUGACCGGUGAUAGUUCCAUUCACUCUGGUCCCGGAUUUUAACCACAUCCGAGAGCUGGAUAAACCGAUAAAACCGUGUUGUUCAAAAAAGGCACAGUUGGUUUAAAUACUAAAGUAUUCUAACCAUUCAUCUUUGUUUAAAGAUGAAAGACUUGGCAUCUUAUGAACACAACAAUGAAGCCCAUAAGCUAUUGAAACAAAUAAAUCAGUACUUGGAACAAGAAUCCAAAUUUCUACCAAGGGCCAGUGGACUCCUUGCAAUUGAAGCAUCUUUGGAGAAUGAUGAUUGCAUCUCCCCAAAGUUAAGAGAUGCUAAAGUGGAAGAUCUCCGGAGUUUGACCAGAUUCUUUGGCUGCAGUACUGAAACUUUUGUUUUAGCGAUUAACCUACUGGACAGAUUUUUGUCAAUUAUGAAGGUGCGACCAAGACAUCUGCCUUGCCUUGGAUUAAGUGUCUUCCAUCUAGCAGCUAAGACCAUUGAGGAAGAAUGUAAUAUCCCUUCUGCCCAUGAUCUCCUCCGUAUCAGCCACUGUAAGUUUACAGUGUCUGACCUUAAGCGGAUGGAAAAAAUUGUCAAUGAAAAACUGAAUGGGGAAUUUAAGGCUGUCACCGCCUUGGAUUUUUUACACCUGUAUCAUGCCCUGGCACACUGCCAUGUAAUUAAUGGGAAAGAAUUUCUGAUUCUUGAUAGGCUGGAAGCACAGCUGAAAGCUUGCUGCUGCCGAUUUGUUUUUUCCAGAGCUAAACCAUCUGUAUUGGCCUUGUCCCUUCUGACCCUCGAAGUUGAAAACUUGAAAUCCGGUGACUUGUUUGAAAUUAUACUGCGUGUUCAAAAACAUUCCAAAAUUAGCCAGUAUGACUUGGCAUAUUGGCGUGAACUGGUGUCCAAAUGUCUGGCUGACUACUCUUCACCUGAAUGCUGCAAGCCUGAUAACAAGAAGCUAGUGUGGAUUGUUUCAAGGCGUACAGCCCGUCACUUACAGAAUAGUUAUUAUAGUGUCCCUGAAUUGCCAACUAUCCCAGAAGCUGUCUGCUUCACUGAAACUGAAAGUGAGGAUUCAUGUGAAGAAAUGAGCUGUGGUGAAGAUGGUCUGAGUAGCUCUCCACAGAGUCAUACAGAAAGUGAAUUCUUCUCUUGAUCUCUUGCACCAGUCCAAGUGGCAAAAUUUCGGUUUUCACUCAACAUCUCCAAACCUGUAACUCAUCUUUGCACAUGUAUUCUGUUUUUUUUUAAACUUGAUUCCGAUUUGUUUUUGUUUUAGUGAAGCAGCUUUUGAAUUUUUAUGCUAAAUAGGGAUUGAAUUGUAACAAUGUUUCUAAAGUUCUACUGUAGAUUAUCUACAUCAGUCUAGAGGUCUUGCAGCCUCAUCCCCUCAUACUUAUAGUUUGGCAUUAUUCUCCCUGGUAACUUUUAUGUUGUGCUGAUUUUAAAACGUUGCUCUGUCUUCAGUUCAAUGAGGUGAUGCCCUUCAAUACUGCUUAGACAAUGAUUGAUUGUUUAUUGUUAAUGUAAAGCUAUACUGUAAACCAUUAACUGUUGGUCUGGACUUAAUCGAAUCUUCUACUUGUUGGAUAUAGUUUUAUUAGCAUGGAAUUUUAUUUGCAAGAUAUGGUAAUAUAAAUAUUAUGGCAUCAUUUUAAGCUUUAUUUUAGAUAUGAAAAUCUGAUAUUCUAAGAUUCAAAAACGGAAAGCACUGACUUAAAUUCCUUCAGGACAUUCAUACACAGCUUGACUAGAUAACCCACAGCAUUUCUGAUUUACUAUUAUCUGAUUUCUAAAAAUCACAUGGUUAAUAGAUACGCUGUAAAAUGCAGCAAUUAUGGUGAAACCAGUCAAGUUUCCUGCAAGCUAACCAAAAAUUCUACUUUUGACUAUAAGUUUCGAAGUAGAACAUUGCAUGCUGUCCACAUCCAUUGAUAAUGACAUGAAGAUAAAUUGUCGUGCAUGCUGAAGGAGCACAGGUAUUUGGAUCUACUGGAUGGAAGUGCAGCAUCAGUAAAUUAAUAACUUAUGAACCCUAAUAAGCUAAGGCAAAUGUCAAAGGAGUAUUUUAGGUAUUUAAUCAUACAUCUCUUUUUAAAAUGAUUGCAGAUAACAAUGUCUUAUCAAAAAUCACACAAUUUGAAAUCAGUCUUGAAAUAUCUGGAAAUUAAAACCUUUAUUAAUGUAUUGUUGUAAAUGCCAGUUUAGAGUGUUAGUGAAUGGGUGAUGUUUUGUGAAUAUUAUUGAAUGCAUUCCUAUUCUUUUCACUUUUAAAUUGCUAAUCCAUACCUACUAUAAUAGGAUGACAUUUUUUUUUAAAAGCUCAUUUUUGCUUCAAAAUUUGAGUUAUCAAAUCAUUUUAAGUCAAUGUUAUAGGAAAGGUUUUUUUUUGUUGCUGUGCAGAUUCCAUUUUUGUAGAACCAAUCAUUUUUGAGUGAAGUAACAUCAAAUUUAGGAGUACACUGUAAACCUUGACUACGGGAAUUCCCAUACAGUGUCCGUUUCCAAUGUUGAAUUUAACUCCUCAUCAAUCAUACUUCCUGCACAUCACAGCUUACUCGCUCACUCACUCUCUUGCUCUCUCCAUCUGCACUUUUCACAAACCAUGUGGUAGUAGCAGAUGUGGUAGACAGGAGAAUGCUGUUAACAACUUUUCACGCUUGUCAUUCCAGCUGUUUGGAGAGUGUUCAGAUCAGAUUGGUCAGGUUAGGCAUACAUUUUGCUAAUGUUAAACUACAAUUUUUUUUUUUUGAAAGGACAAAAGUGCCAACUGGAGGAAGUGUUCUUUUUUAACUUGCAAAUGUUACAGCUAUUUCAGAUAGUACUUUAAAACCACUGUACUUUUAGCAACAAUUACCUCAAACUGAGCCUUUGGUAUAGCAACUUGUUUUUGUACAACCUAAUGGCUGUUUCAUGUGCCAAUCGGAUAUUUUUGAGAAUGAUUACUAUGUACUGUUGAUGUUUGAUCAAUGACCAUGCUUGCUCCUAGCUUUUUUUGGUAUGAAGUAAAAGUUGUUUUCAGAACCUCUGCAGCAGCAAUGUAUGAAGGAGAAAUCCUCAUUUACAAACAAAUGUACAUAAUUUAACUUAAAUGUAUAGGAAACAAGUGCACUUAUUUUUCCCUUUUUUAUUCAGGUAUGAAAGCAACCAAUGCACUUAUGAAAAGUAUUAUGUAGCACUGUCUGUCUGAUUCUUUGACGUUGUGAACAAGUUCCCUGUAGAUAUUAACUUAUUGUAUAUUUUCAAUUUGUACAUAUUGUAAAAUAUAUCAGUCUGAAACCUUCUACCUACCAAGGUAGAAUAAAUAAAGACUCUUUUGAAAUCUA